CAUGCACGUCUCCGACCCCGACCGCGAGCACAAAGAGUAAAACAUUCCUCGUUUCACUACUGCAGGCUGCAGAUAGAGCCCCCGCCCCCACCCUGCCAGUACGUAAAUUACCCCAGAAACCCGGGCCCGGGACGCCGGAGUGUUUCUGCGGAGUCCGGGAGGCGCGUCCGUCCGUGCGUGCGCCCGUCUGUCCGGGCAAUGGCGGAUGGAGAGGCCGCGCCGAGUCUGCGGAGUGGGACAGCGGCGAUGGGCGCUUAGCACAAUAACAUCCCUCCUUCUGCACGUGCAUUUUCUCUGCUUAGCUUGGCACCGAGCUCUCGCCAUGGAUCCAGAGAAAACGCUGACAUUCUGCCUCGGGCUGAAGGCUGAGGAGAUGACCAUAUCACUGCAGGGGCUGGAUGGAACUGAGGCUGCUACGGUGGCUGUUUCUCAGAAGGAGGUUGACAUGCGCACAGUUAAUAAGGUGGUGAAGCAGCGGGGGGGUUCUGGUAGCCUGCCGGUGGUCAGUCCGAAGUACUGUCCCGGGGUAAACAGCAGUCCAGGGUACCUGUGUGAAACGGGGCACUGCUGCGGAGAGACGGGCUGCUGCACCUACUAUUAUGAACUCUGGUGGUUCUGGCUGUUGUGGACGAUGCUGAUCCUCUUCAGCUGCUUCUGUGCUUACCGUCACCGCCGGGCCAAGCUGAGGAUCCAACAGCAGCAGAGACAGAGGGAGAUCAAUCUGAUCGCGUAUAACGGAGCCUGCAACUACCCUUCCUCCAUGCUGGACCUCAGUUUUCUGGCUUCCUUCAAGUUGCCCUCCUACGAGGAGGUGGCGGCGCAGCCCAGCACCCCUCCUCCGCCUUACAGCUCCGUCUUCGCCCUGCAGGGUGGCGCCAUGGGGGGUCCCAGCUCCCCUUACCCCCAUCACCACCACCACCGUCACCCCUGCCCUCCGUACCUGGGCCCCGGUCCCAGCGGACUGACUUCCUCCCAGAGCUCUGACAACUACACCAGCUGCUCCUGCGAGUCCUGCUCCCUCACCUCCCCCUGCAGCACCUCCUUCUCCGUCCAGGUCACCGACGAGACGUAUGACAGCAGCCACAUCUCCACGCCCAGCGAGGCGGGCGGCGACUGUGCGCUCAUGUCCAGGUUUGGGGCCAACUUUGCGCCGGCUUCCACCGCCGCACCUUCAUCGCAAGCUCCGGCCGACGUGGUUCCCGCGGCCGCUCCAGACGUCGUGGCGGCACAGAGGCGGCCGUCCGACGGCGGCGGCGAAGGAGUGCCGUCCACAGCGCCACCUCUCUCUCUUCCUUCACACUCUCGCCCUUCGCACCCUCCCCUCCUCCCGCUCUCUCCCUUCAUUCUGCUAUCUUCCAUUCCUUCCGGUCAGGUCCAUCCCCUGGUCCCGUCGGACCCGCUCGGCGCCAUAGCCAUUCAGAGGGAGAGAGAAGAAGAGGCUCCAGCUCCCAGGUCCACUACGUCUCCCCCAAAACAGGCCCUUUUCUCGUCCAAUGUGGCUGUUUUUACACAUUGCAGAGAAGAAGAGGAAGAAGAAGAAGAGGAAGAAGACGAGGAGGAGGAGGAGGAUCAUUUUCGGCAUCGGCGGCUAACGGGGGAUUCGGGCAUCGAAGUGUGUCGCUGCCACGUGAAGAGAGAGGAACAAGAGAAUGAGGAACCCCGGAAGGGGCCUUUUGGGAGGGGAGGAAAAGAGGCCGUGAAGGAGGAGGACGGUGCAGACGUGCUGCAUGACAGCGCGGACUGUUCCCUCAGAGCUGCGUCACCGCUACAGGGCGCCGGGCAGCGCGGCCGCAUCUCUCCCUCCCCCGGCAUCGGCCGGAAGACGGGCGGCGCCGCCAACGCCGCGGAGUCCUCGUAAGCUCGCAGCCUUGGGGAUGGAGUCGAAAAAGGAGGGAAAAUGUGGAUGUUUUUUUUUUGCUCGGUAGCACUCUCGCAGAUAGAAGGCUAGCAGGUGAAAGAUCUUGCAGGUCUUGCUUUAAAUGGUCAGGGACAGGAUACUUAAUGGAUUCUCACUCCUGUAUUCAAAUGAGAAACUCCAAGAGCAAGCGACACACAUGAAAGUUUAACUCUGUGGUUAAUUUAUUUGUGGUUUUGGGCUCAGAGAAAUAUCUUUUCUCUUAAGGAAUAAGAUGCUAAUAAAUGGCCUUUUCUCUGUUUCCAUUUUGCCACAUGCACAGCAAAUAAUUUUCUACCAGUGGCUCCGUGCCAACAUCCAGCCGCCAGCUCCUUGGGUUCCCAACCUGUGGGUCACUAAAUGAGUCAGAGGGGCAACGAUGAAAAACCUUUUAAGAAAGAAGAAACAAACAGGUUCUUCUAUUCUCUCUCUAUUUUUUUUAAUGUGACAUGGUGUAUAGUUUUACCUCUGGGGGCAUUUAAGAAUUAAUUAAUUUCAGAAGCAAAAAUAAAUAUUUUGCUGCCCUGUUCAAUAUGUGGUGGAGUCACAACAUUUUCACUUUAAAGGGUCACGUAAUGUAAAGGUUGAGAUAGACUAAGUCACAUAAAUCAGCAGCAUUGAACGAGACUACUAGACCUACUUACUUUUUUUUAUUGAUACAAAUAUGAAAAUAAUCACAGAGCAAUUCCUUUUCAAAUGAGCAGCUCCGACUAAUUGUGUCUGGAUCGCGUUGCAUUAUCUUGAUUAACUUUGUUCUUUUUGAAGAGGUUCACAACCAUUGAACAUGACUUGGUCGAACCUGUGACCUUUUUGUCGUGGGGUGAAUUUUAUUGCAUUCACCAGCCUUCUUCUCUCUGUUUUAGAGGAAAUAAGAAGGGGACGAUUCUGACCGAUCCAGGAGGUGUUACUUGUCUGCAUUGUGUCUUGUGUUGCUCCCUGAAAGAAAAGGGGUGCAAACGUUCGUUGAAAUGUGUGGAUGGCAAAGCUUUACAAUGAUCUUCUGAUUAUACCUUGUUGUUUGAGACUGUUACAUGAUUAUAGCGUACAAUGAAAUGACUGUUUGACUUUGGAUUUCAUGUGUUUGAACAAGUUUCGGGGUGGUCGUUGCCAUUUUUGCAGGUCAGCGUGAAUCCGACUGUUGCGAUUUCCCCCGAGGCAGAAACACGAAGCCUAAUCGCAACACUGAUUAUGAAUGUAAAAGGUUAUGCAUCACAACAAAAUGGUACACUUCAAUUGUUUACGGAUCAUUUUUAUAGCUUUGACCGAGAACCUCUGGAGAAGCGAGGCCACACAAUCUGCCGGCUGUGGAUUUGGAGAAGACGCCGUCAAAUGAAGUCCCCGUUGUGAUUUUCCGUCUGUCGCGUUUUGCUAUUGAAAUAUCAAUAUCGGGGAAAACGUAAAUGUACGAGGUUGUGGUUUUAAGUCAGCAAUAGAUAUAGCAGUGGCUUGAAAGGUGGUCACUUCUGAGAGUUGAAUGCUUUUCUCUAAAUGUUGAUCCUGAUUUUGUACGGUCAGCUGAUCCCGGUGUUGGCAGCGGGAAUAGCACACGUGUCUAAUUUACUCUGAAGCAUAGAACAAGAUUCAGACAAUAAUAAGAAGGUUUCCAAUCCCAUUUUUGUACGUGUUCUGUUUUACUGUAGCUAUUGUGAGACAAACGUCUCGGUGUUUAAUUGAGUCCAGCUUUGUGUCCCUGGCUACGUGCAAAGCCAAUUUAAUUGUCUUUAUGGCUACGCGGACAGAAAGCGACGGAUCGGCUCGAUAACACCUUUAUUUGUCACAGACACAUAUUGCUCGUUUAGGGAGCAGGCUUUGGUUUGUGAUGAAGAUCAUUUAGACAUCCUCUAAGCUCCUUUGCAGCGACUCAGAGGCGCGUCCCAGGGUGGUUGGCACUCUGAAGGGAGAUGGUUCACUCUCUGAACACAUCAACAUGAUGUUCGGCUACUGUACAUUUCUUGGCUAAAGAUUGCACUGUUAUUUCCCUCACUAGUUCUAGCUAAUGUAUGUUUAUCAAAGUGUACGGUGCCUAGGUGAAGAUAGACUUUCUGUUAGGCAUUCUAUAGUUCACUGCUGCUAUGCGAGUGUGUGUGCGCGUGUGUUUUCUGUAAAUUGUGUAAAGUCGUGCGUCAAAAGGGGGAAACAUUUUAUAACAGUGCUUAGCAGUCUCUUUAUAAAAUAUACACAGUACGAAGUACAUGUGAGACUCGCAAAAAUAGUAUUUAGCAAUAGUGUUCACACCUUUUUCCUUACUCUAGUUCAUGCUAGUUGAUAGGAAACAAACUGUUGUGAAAAGACAUUUACCUCUUUAGAAUCGAUCCGUGAGCUGUGCUGGGCGAAGACCCUCGAUUGUACAUAUCGCUUCAUUUUCGAUGUCUUUGUUUUAAGGUUUCGCACAAGUGCAAACUCCUGAUUAUCGGAUUGACUCGGAUUGACCGGUUUCUGAAGCUUCUGAUUCUGAAGCUAUUUCCAUCUGAACUCCUCUGGUAUAAUUUGAUAUUAGAGUUUGAUGCCAUUUUCCAAUUGUAACUUGAUCCACUUUUUAUGACACGAGUCAUGGACUUCUUUUGUGUGUUCUUUUUGCUAUAUUGAUCUUCCUUUCUAUUUCUGUUUUAUACCAUCUUGCAAAUGCAUCUCUUUGGUCUUAAAAGAUAUCUUCUUGUUUAUAUUGAGGCCAAAUAUGUUUCCUAUUCAUCAAUACACAGGAGGGAAACAAUAUGUUGGCAGCUGGAUUCGGGGGAAAUAUAAAGUGAGUACCCUUUUCUUAUACUGUAUAUCAUAUGCACCAUGAUGAUUUGUUAGAAAUUUCAAUUCACAAUUAGAACAAAUGGAAGAGUUAUCCAUUUUUGUGUUGUACGUGUUUUGUCAGUGAAUUUAAUUGCAGAAAUGAAGGUCUUCAAAAUGUCAUUGUAAAGAUUACUUAUUUAUUUUUGGGGCCUUUUUUUGACAGCAACUAGAUCUAGUCUUCAUGAAUUUGUGGUAUGAAGUUGGACAUAAUACAAAGUGUCAUUCUACAAUAAUAAACAUAAUCAUGAAUAUGAAGAGCUUCUGAAGGGAUUAAUAGAUAUCGUGCAACAACAUUGCAAUACCUAUAGUUACAUCCAAAGGAUAGUUUUCUUUUUGAUUCUGAAAGUGUUGUAAAAUGACCUUAUGGAUUUUUGAAAAUAUUUAGUUUUGACUUGAAUGUAAUCCUAACACAUGUGGCACAAACAGUGUAGUUUUACCCCAGCACUGAUUUUACAUCGAAGCCAAACUGAUCGGACUUCUGUGUGUAUUGAUCUGGUUUGAUAUUCUUUUGCAUUGUUAUCAGCUAGUACAGACUAAACGCCCAAACUCAACACUCAUCGCCACAUAAGGCCAAGGCCUGAUAUAAGACUGUUACCUCGCUGAGUUUUGACUGCAAAGGACUGUUUACUUCUCCUUAUCAAGAUAGUAUUUACUCUAUAUUUCUAUUGACUUUUAUUUUGUAACGCCAAGAAUUAAAGAAUAGAAAAGAAAAACGGGCCCAUCUUGGCACGGCUGAAAACGUUUGCCAGGAAAAGUAACAUAACGUGUUUAGGGAAUAUAUUUGUUGGUCCUUUUCCUCCUGCAGCUGUGAGACAGCAGGAUUUCUAGAGGUAUCGUUAUGUGAUGGUGUGUGACAUCGUUCAGAUUAUUAUUGCUACAGAUCGUGGUGUUCUUUGAGGGUAUCCUUGUGCAAUCCUACCUGCAGCCCUUCGGUGUGUUGUACGCAUGAGUGAGAGACUUAUUGUCGGCAGUGUUGUGGUGUUGAAUCAUUGUCGCUUAUUAUGAGGCCAAAGUUGAUUGUUGUUGAUAUUUGUCAAUAUAAAAAUCCAAACGUUUUUAUUUCAUGUGUCAUGUUCAUUUUGUAUCUUGGCGUGUAAAAUAGAGACGUGUGAUGCAUACUUUGAUGUAAAAUCCUUACAUUUUUAUAUAUAUUUGUUUGGUUUCACAUACUCUGGUGCUUUUUUCCAGAAUGUUGCGUUGUAUUUAGGUUUCCUCAAUUUGAGAUUUUUCAUUGAUAUUCAUUGGGAAUCUACCAUACUGCCAUUGAUAAUUAUUCUACUUUAUUCAACAAAAACUGUGGAUUUUGUGUCAAAAUAAAUGCUAACAAGUGCUACCAAAUA